AUGAUCUGCUUCCAGUGCCGGGCCGUGCCCGCCACUCUCCGAACCACCACCACCACCACCACCACCUCAAUCCGCACCCUCAUCACCUCCUCCUCCGCUUUCUCUCCUCUUCGCGCACAGCUCUCCCACCAACAACGAACCCCCUCCACCGCCAUCCUCUCAUCGACCUCCGCCUUCUUCCCCUCCACAUCUCCCACCACAGCCUCUCUGCAACAAUCCCGAUCCUUCUCCGCCAGCGCCUGCCUGCUCGGAAAGCGGUCAACCUACAACCCCUCGCGACGGGUGCAGAAGCGGCGCCACGGGUUCCUGUCCCGGGUCAAGACCCGGACUGGACGGAAGAUCAUUCAGCGGAGAAAGGCCCGCGGCCGGAAGAACUUGAGUUGGUAG